AUGCCGGGUCUCACAAUCACAACAAAUGUUGGCCAGCCGGCCGCGGCAGGGUCUAUUUCGGGUGUCGAGGGUGUGCGCCGACGAUCCUCGACGGCUGUUUCGCCAGGAACUCGGACGUCAUCGCCGACACGCCCGCCGGUUAGUCCGAUCACCCCAAAGUUUGGCCCAACACAGCUGCCCAGCGGCCCCGCUUCCGAUGCUGCCCAUGCAGCCACGACAACGGGCACCACAUCGGCCGUCAGCGAGCCCAUUCCCGAAUUUGCGCUCGGCCGACCGACCUUUACACAUACCACACAGACAGACCAAGUCGGGAUUCCUCCUCCGCCAGCCCAGCCUAUAGAUUUUGAGGAAAAUACCGAUGUGCUCGCCCUCAAGAGCGCAAUCACAAUUCUCCAGCUACAACGUCAGCGAGCGAUAGCUGAUAUCCGCAGACUGCGAGAUGCAAAAGAGGCAGCGCUCGCCAAUCCAGAGGCGUUCAUAGCUGACCUCGCCGCUGGGAAGAUCCAAAUGGAGGGAGCAGAGCCGCGGCUUCCUGCAGGAGAGGACUUAUCCCGAGAAGAUUCUGAUGACACCGAAGAUGAUGAUGUCGGCAGCAACGGUACCAAUGAUGAUGGCGGGGGAGAGGGCACUAGUGGGCAAAAAGGGAAGCGAAAGUCCGUUACCAAGGAUUCCGAUCCAGCGUGGCGAAAACUCCCAAACCGCCAAAAUAUUGUCCGCUGCCCGCCCAUCAAUUGGGCAAAGUACGGAGUUGUCGGAGAGUCCCUCGACAAACUGCAUGCUGAGCAAGUGGCGGCUCCAACUCCCGGCGCACCAUUGACUCUCGGGCCAAGCCUCAUUCCUAGUGAUUUUAGGACUGGCAAUAGUGUUGCUGGUGCUGGUGAUCAAAACCCCGGUGUUGGCAUGGGAAGUGGGAGCAGCCAGCAGCGAGGGGAACGCUUGGUUGGCGUCGCAGCACCCUAUGAUCCGAUGCGAGAUAAACUGCCGGAGAAGAAAGGCAAAGGCAACAGGCGCUGA